UCUACUUAACACUAAAAACCGCUAGAGAAAAGUUUCUUCAUUAUCAGUCGUGUUGUGUGCGGCCUAGUGAAAAGUUGUGCGUUGUAGCCCAGAACGGAUUUAAACAUUAACAUUACGACAAAACAAUAUAUUUUUGCAUACAUUAAUAAUUUAACAUACUGUGGAUAAUUGAAAUCGAUCGUUUUCGAAGAGGAAUUCGCUUCGAAAAGGGAUAAUUAACAUAAAAAUUCCAGCGAAAUAAAUAAUCGCAAAGCAAUAACAACAAAAGAAACCUCAAAAUGAAAUUCGUACUUUUGCUUUGUGUACUCAGCGUAUUGUUGCUGCAACAGACCUAUGCCUCACCCGUUAAACUAGUCGAACGUCAAGAACGUGCCGUUGGUCGUCAACAGGCCACAAGUGGUGCUGUGGCAGCUGCUCCAGCUGUUGAUGACGAUGAUGAUGACGAGGAUGACGAUGAUGAUGACACCGAUUUGGGCGAUCUGAUAGAGGAUGAUGAUGACGACGAAGAUGAUGACGACGAAGAGGAUGACGACGAGGAGGAGGAUGAUACACCUCAAGGUCAAGCUGCACCUGCCGCCUCAUCCGAUGAUGACGACGAGGAGGAUGAUGAUGACGAUGACUAUUUGGAUCGCUUGUUCGAUGACAUUUUGGGAGACGACGAAGAAGAAGAUGAUGACGACGAUGAAGAUACUGCCUCAAGUGUACAAAAUACCAUUGCUGCCCAACCUGCUGCACCCAUUGAAGAUUUAGCUCCCGCCGCCGCUUCCUCAACCAACACCGGCAUCUCCGAUGGUGUUGAUUUGCCCGUCGAAAGUGGUAACGCAGCCGAUACAUUGAGCGAGGGAAAUGCCGCCAUUGCUGAUAUUGCGCCUGCCAGCAGCAGUAACCAGAACGAAGGUGCCCUAACCGGUGAUGAUGAUGAAGCUGAUGACGAGGAUGAGGAUGAUGAUGACGACGAUAUUAUUGGCGAUGAUGUGAUCGAGGCCCGUCGUGAAGCACGUGAAUUGAAAAACAAUAUCAUCGACAUGACGAGUGACGCCUUCCAGGAACGUAAUAAUCAAUUUGUCGAUGCCAUAUUCGCUCGUAUCAAUCGCAUUGUAUCGGAUAACUAUGACCCAUUUGUCGUGCAAUUGACUGGUCGUUCAGCCGCCGUCCACGAUGUUAAACACAACUCGCACACAACCGGCAGCUCAUCGUCGACAAAAACCGCCAUUCCCAACCGGACGAAGGAGCAACAAAUCACAUAUAAAACAAAGGCCACAAAGCCACAAACCGCCAAUACAUCAAUUAAGAAGUUAAAAAAUACCAAAUCGGAACCACGUAGCACCAGCACAAAUACAGACAACAUCGAAAGUUUGCCAAAGGACAAUCAAGAGUAUGAAAAAGCCAAGUUGCAACUACAAUUGGAGCAAUUGCAGGCACAACAACCCACCCUGAAAGCCACGAAACAAAUUGAAAAUAAUGUAUCUGGUCAGGAGGAGCAAAAAAGCGACAAUACAGCCGCAGCAGCAACAGAAACAGCAGUAGCCGACAACAAAGUCGUCGGUUCUGAAUUGAGACCGGAAACUCGCACAGUACAUACCAACGAAGUUGUCAAAUCAGGAAAUCAAAAGAAAGCCUCAACAAAGGCACACAAACAGAAUGCCAACAAAAAGGUUCAUAACGGCAAUUCGGUGGCAUCGGGAACAGCAGCAUCUGGCACUAAGGCAGCAAACAAUAACAACAACAACAAACAAAAACUAAAAUCGACUAUCGGACAUAAAACUGGCAAUUCACCACAACAUGGCGAUAAGGAUGGCAGCGGCGAUUUUCAAAAGGCCGAAGGCAGCCUAUCGGGAUUGGCAUCAUUGAAACGUGUCGGCAAUGUUAAAGUGGUGACCGAUCCGGAAGGUCGCAAUUCAACCAUUAAAGCAAAGUUCACUCUGGGUCCACUUAUCCUACGUGUCGAGAAAUCAUUCAAACGUGGCGGUGUAGAGAAUGUUAAGAGUGCAACGGCUCGUACCAACGAAAUGAUCGGACGUAUUAAAUUUGGUGUCGUUAAUGAUCGUGCCACUUUGAUGUCGAUUAAGGUGCAACAACCAAAGCAAGUUGAAGUGGAGAGCAAGGAUAACCACGACCGCACUCGAGAAUUUGUUUGGCGCCGGACACCUAAAAUAGCCAAAUUAGUUAACGAGAAACUAAAAAUGGCAGCUGAAACAUUUUUUGCUCCACAAGGAGUGGAAGUUGUUCGCUUUUAGGUCAAAGUUUGGCCAAACGACCCCAAAGGAGAUGAUUAAAAUCGAAAUUUAAGAUAACAAACAUUAUUUGGUAACUGGUAAUGGUCUGUUGCAAACAUCGCCACAUGAAUAACAUCGCCAAACGUUUAGAAAAAUCACCCUCUCCCCCUCCUCUCUUUAAAUUUACUUUUACAACUGUCAGCGUUUUGUUGUUGCAAAAUGACAAAUGUGUAGUUUAAUUUUAAUUUAUUACAUUUAUUUAUUACCGUCUAUAUUAAGUGAAAUGUAACUAAUUUAUUUGACACAAUUAUUUUGUAAUGUAAGAACUAUUUAUUAUUAUUUAUAAUUAAAAAUUCCCCCAGUAAUUCUUGUGUUAUGAUCAAGAAUUGAAUUGGAUGUGUGUUCGAAGUAAAACAGAAUUUAAUUUAAUUUAUUGCAAUUUUUGGAAAAAUGUCUUCAAAGAUUUCUUGUGAACAGUUGCGAUUUAAAAUAAAUGAAAUUAAUGAGUAAAUAAACAAUUAAAUUUUUCGUUUUAUGUGUUUACUAGCUGAACGCUUCGCUACCCCUUUUGAUUUUAUAUGCAUUCAAAAUUUUAUAUACUAAUAUUUGUUGGUUAGAAAAAAAGAAAUAAAACUAAUUCAAAAAUUUAAAACAA